UACGGUGCCAGGAUUGGUGGGUAGAGCUGGAGUCCCACCUAGGCGCGCUGUGUCUUGUGGGUGGAAGCGCUGUCUGGGUUUUGGCGUUUCGCGCAAUGCUGCGGCGGGGAGACCCGGAGCUGACACCGAGACACUUGAAUUAGCUUUACCAGAGGAGAAAUGGAGGAGCCAUAGAACAUCAAGGAUGAAUUCAGGAAGACCCGAGACCAUGGAGAACUUGCCUGCUCUCUACACUAUUUUCCAAGGAGAGGUUGCUAUGGUGACAGACUAUGGAGCCUUUAUCAAAAUCCCAGGCUGUCGGAAGCAAGGUUUGGUCCAUCGAACUCACAUGUCCUCCUGUCGCGUGGAUAAGCCCUCUGAGAUAGUAGAUGUCGGGGACAAAGUGUGGGUGAAGCUUAUUGGCCGAGAGAUGAAAAAUGAUAGGAUAAAAGUAUCCCUCUCCAUGAAAGUCGUCAACCAAGGGACUGGGAAAGACCUUGACCCCAACAACGUUAUCAUUGAGCAGGAAGAGAGGCGGAGGCGGUCCUUCCAGGAUUACACUGGGCAGAAGAUCACCCUCGAGGCCGUCCUGAACACCACCUGCAAGAAGUGUGGCUGUAAAGGCCACUUUGCAAAGGAUUGUUUUAUGCAACCAGGAGGGACCAAAUAUUCUCUGAUACCAGAUGAGGAAGAGGAGAAGGAAGAGGCAAAGUCAGCAGAGUUUGAGAAGCCUGACCCCACGAGGAAUUCUUCUAGAAAAAGAAAGAAGAUCGUACUUAACCUUUCAGUGGUAGGUCUCACUGAGUUCUGUCUCCCAUGUACUACUUAUCACAGAACAAUUCAUAAAACAGACACUAUUGUGGUGCAGGAAGAACCAGUUCAUUUAUCGCAUGCCACACAGAGAGGGAACAAAAAAAAACUAUGCUGUAAUUUGGAGAAGAAGAAAAAGAAACACAGAGACAGGAAGUCAUCUGACUCGGACAGCUCAGACUCUGAGAGUGACACAGGCAAGAGGGCAAGGCACACCUCCAAGGACAGCAAGGCAGCGAAGAAGAAGAAGAAGAAGAAGAAGCACAAGAAGAAGCACAAGGAGUGAGAGCGGAGAGAGUAGGGGGGUGGCUGAGAGGAGGAGGGGCCAGGAGCCCGGUGCCUUGAAGCCCUGGCUCCCGGAAAGACUCAGUAGUGAGAAAAUGGCCUCCCACCCCGCUGGCUUCUCGCCCAUGGGAGAUGACUUCCCCUCACGCAGCAGGCAGGUUUGGGAGUUAGAAGUCAGAAGCAUCUGCCCGAAUGAGUUGUCGUCCACUUAUCAUUCCUGGUCCCUUUGCAAGUGACCCCUGCAGCUCGCCCGUUCGUUCAUUCAACGUCCUUCAUCCAGCAGGGGGUCCUAUUACCCUCUCCAGCUGCCACUGCCAGAGCCAGAUUCCUGCACAGGGGUCCAGGCUCCAGCCACAGGUACCGCUGUGGAGGCGAGUCUGGCUGUAGUUGGAGAACAGAGUGAGCGGCCCCUCCCCGUCGGGUCUGCCCUGGGCUGCUUGGUGAGCAUCCAACACGGGGGCCGAGGGAGAUCGGCGGGAUGAGGGAGAACAUGGUAAGAAGUGGUGCUCACUUUUUCCAUUCCCCCUGACAUGAUUCAAUCAUGCUAGAAGUGACAGCCAGAAAACCAUCGUCUGCAGUGACUGAGCUUGUGUGUGACAUUCUGCCAGACCACUGAACCAGACAGCUCAAGCCAAGAUCAUUGCUUUACUUUGUAUUCACUACCGUGUGAGUCCCUUGGUCCCACUUCAGGUCUCUGCUUCAAUUCCUGGCACUAAACGGAAGUGUGUUUGGUUUUAAACUUA